UUUUUCAUAGCAAAGACGCAAAAAGAAAUAAUAAAAACUUGGGUUUCAUCAAAGAAGAAAAAGAUGGAAACUAUGGUUAAAUUAAUCACAGAGUUGAACAAACUCCAGAGUGAAAAUGAAGAGCUCAAAAACACUUGCCUGGAAUACGAUGAAUUUAAAAAAUCAAUGUUUGUAUGUCUUAAAGAAAAAGACGAACUGAUAAUAAAAUACAGAGAUCGCAAGGCUGAACUUCUGAAGAAACUAGAGACAAUCGAACAGGAAUUAGCUACAAAGAUGAGAUUAUAUAAACUCAUAAUUAAAGAAAAUAGGUUAUUAAAAAGUGAAAAUAGAAAUUUGAAGGGAGACUUGUCUCAAAUCCGACCAGAUCCAAAUGAACUGGAAAACAACGAGACCAAACGAGUCGAAGAUACCAACACCUCUAAUCAGGAUCUGUCAGGUAAAAAAGGAAGGAAAAAUCCGCGGAAAGCUGGAAAGAAGAAAAAAGUUCUUCAGACCAUUAAACAGCAUUACAGUUCAUAUACCUGCGAUGUAUGUGGAAAAGAAUAUAAUUAUAGGCAAUCGAUUUUAUACCACGUACAUCGGGUACAUUCUGAAAAGAAACAAAAACCAAAGAAACUGGAGUAUGAUGAUAAUGCACGGAUAGAAGAAAUCGAGGCCUCCCAUAAAGUAUACAAAUCUGAUUUUAUUACUAAUAAUACUAUUACUCAGGAACCAGGAGAAAGCAUGGGAGACGAAAAUGUUAAAAGGGGUGGCCACCCUGUUACUGCUGCUGCUACUACUACUACUUUAAUACUUUCAUUUUUAGAGAUUGGUACUAUUCAAUAG